AUGUUCACUUUCAACAAUCUCCCAUUCGAGAUUCGUGCUCAAAUACGGAAGCUUACAGUUGAGCCCCGAACUGUCGAGGUUACCAUCCUCUGGGAGGAAAGGCCCUACCGUCUAGCCUCGACAACGCCUAUGCCAGCAGCACUAAAAGUCUGUCAGGAAGCCCGUAACAUGGAGCUAUACAAGCAAGUAUUCUCCGAGCUUGGUGAUGGGCUGCGCUAUGUCUGGCUCAAUUUGGAUAUUGAUAUGGUUUCUAUCAGCAACAGGGUUUCGUUCCCCUUCAAGCCAGUUGCGCACAUGAUCAAGCGGCUUAAGUUUCAGCGCGGAAACCAGGAGGAAUGCUUCUACCAUUUUGAAUCGAAAGAAAUUCGGACAUUUGUCAACGCAGAGGAGAUUCAUGUAAUCUGUGAGGAUGGAUAUGAGAAUUGGGGUGGGGCUACAUGGCCUGGUGAUGAGGGGCAUUGA